AGCGAGGCGGCGGUGCGGGGGAACGCCGCCAUCCUGGACUAUUGCAGGACGUCUGUCUCGGCCCUGUCGGGCGCCACGGCGGGGAUCCUCGGCCUGACCGGUCUGCACGGCUUCAUCUUCUACUUCCUGGCGUCCGUCCUCCUCUCCCUGCUGUUGGUGUUAAAAGCCGGACGGCGAUGGAACAAGUACUUUAAAUCCCGGAGGCCGCUCUUCACGGGGGGGCUUGUAGGAGGGCUCUUUACAUACGUCCUGUUCUGGACUUUCCUGUACGGCAUGGUUCAUGUCUACUGA